GUAGAAAAAGAGGAGGCAGGUACACGAUCCUCUCAGUGUGGAAGACACUCUGUAUCUUGCUGUAUCAUGACUUCACGCUCACUCUUGAUUCUAGUGGUCCUUGUUGGAGCCUGCGCUGCUUUCCCAGGCAACGCUGGAGUCAACCUGCGAGAAAAUGGACCCGCAGCAGAUAAAUCUGAGAAGACAGAAAGUUACAUGCAGAUACUCUGCUCAGCAACACCUGCCUUGUCCUCCUCCUCCUCAGUUCAUGAACUCGUACCUGCUGUUAUCGCGGCACUUUACACGUUGGGAAUGCCUCCCACACAGAGGGGAGAAGCAUCCAGAGUCGUCAGCAGAUUAGCAGAGUUGCUGUCCAUGUUUAACCCUGAUGUGACCGUGAACCACGUGGAUCAGACCUCGUUGAGGCCCAGGAGCUUAUUACAAGAAGCUGAGGACCUGUCUCUCUCGCUUUCACACCAGUCAACAGAUUGGAAGAUUGUGUUGCUGUUUCUCCCGGCAGAUGUCAUGUGUGCCUGUUCACCACGUGUUGAUGCUGAUAUCAAAAAUGCGGUGCAGGAAGUGGAAGCAACUCUGCAGAUUCUGCAGAAGCAGUUGCAUCGCACUUUAGUUCAUGUGGUGGUCUGGAGUGGAGAUCAUCAGGAACAUACUGACUGUAAGUGUGUGAGAGAUAAAUCCGUAAAUCAAGGCCUCUACAAAGCAAAUCUUCUGAAAGCCCUGCAGGACUCUUUAAGUCAUCUCUGGGAAGAACCAAGAUGGCAAAACUCGGGUAAUGACUUCACCGCCGAGCUACAGCCCUCCCCAGUUGUCUUGGACUCCAACUCACCUUUGGAACGCACAGUGUUUGAACUUGACCUGUUAGCCGUUCAGCUGUGGACAAAUCUGCUCCAGCCGUCCGCAGGUCAGUCGGGGUUCACGGACGGUAAUGUCAUCACCAUCCCCUGCCCUACUGAGGAGCGGCCUUUUCUGCGAACACAAAUAAAUUCCCCCACUGAAGCAGAGCAGGAGGUUCUUAGUAGAACAUCUGUGCUGACUGAUCCUGUCAUGGGAACUGAGAUACCUUGCUUAAAUCGUAGUCCGUCUCCUACGACACCCACGUCAGUACAUGAGCUCAGACCUGCUGAUGUCAAGGUGGUGGCUGCUGUAGGCGACUCUCUGACAGCAGCCAACGGUGUGGGUGCAAAGGGAAACAACAUUCUUCUGCUGCUCACUGAAUACAGAGGACUGUCUUGGAGCAUUGGCGGUAAUGGAAACGUAACCACUGUGACCACUCUGCCAAACAUCCUGAAGGAGUUCAACCCUAACGUGACUGGAUUCUCUCAGGGAACCGGGAACGAGAACAGCCCAAAAGCCUUCCUUAAUCUGGCCGUGGCGGGAGCAACGAGUGGUGACAUGGUGCGACAGGUGCGCUCCCUGGUGGACAAAAUGAGAAACGACUCGCGCAUCGACUUCCACAAGGACUGGAAAGUGAUAACCAUGUUUAUUGGUGGCAACGACAUCUGUGACUUCUGCACAGACAGUAUCUUCUUCUCACCCAGUAAUGUGGUCGCGCGAAUCCGUGACGCUUUGGACAUUCUUCACAAUGAAGUUCCUCGAGCGUUUGUCAAUCUCGUAGAGACGCUGAACGUCAUACCACUGCGUGAAUUGCACCAGGAUAAAUCUCUGCGUUGUCCCACCUGGCUUGUCAAUAUAAUUUGCCCGUGCACGCUGAGGCCCAGUGAGGGAACAUCCGAACUGCAGAGGGUCACAGACUUCAACCUGGCUUAUCAGUCAAGUAUGAGAGAGCUCAUUGACUCUGGACGGUAUGACACACAUGACAACUUCACCGUGGUUCUGCAGCCCUUCUUCAGAGAAGUUUUCCUUCCCAAGUUAGAGGAUGGCCGGCCUGAUCGCUCUUACUUCGCCCCAGACUGUUUUCACCUCAGCCAGAAAGCUCACACACUCAUGGCUCGCGCACUUUGGAACAACAUGCUGGAGCCGGUGGGGAACAAGACUUACAGGCAGGACUUCGCAGCUGGCGUUGAUCUGAAAUGUCCUUCUGAGAGCAACUCAGUCUUUCGAACUGCUGUUAACAGUAACUACACAUUUCCAGGCCCUCCACCCACUUUUCCCCCUCCUACAGACUGGGGCAGGGAUUUCUCCUGUGUUAACACAGCUCCCUCAAACUCUGUACCCACUUCAGCUCAUAGAGUACGACCAGCUGACAUCAAGGUGGUAUCUGCCCUCGGAGACUCUUUAACGACUGCCUUUGGUGCAAAGGCAAAAAGCCUGCUGCAGCUCAGGACUGAGUACACCGGGGUGUCAUGGAGCAUUGGAGGGGACAAGGCUCUUGAAACCGUCACAACACUUCCCAAUAUCUUAAAGAAGUUCAAUCCUGCUAUCAAAGGAAUGUCAAAAGGACAAGGAGGAAGGCAAACUGGGUUCAAUAUGGCUGUUUCUGGGGCCAAAGUAUCGGGCAUCCCAGAGCAGGCCCGGCGUCUGAUUGAGGCCAUAAAAAAUGACGCAACGGUGGAUUUUCAGAAUGACUGGAAGCUUGUGACCCUUUUCAUCGGAGGCAAUGACCUGUGUCAGUACUGCAACGACCGGGCCACGCUUUCACCUAAGAACUACAGCUAUCAUAUGAUGACAAGCUUGGAUAUCCUGUACAAAGAGGCUCCAAGAAUGAUUGUCAAUGUCCUGGGGAUCCUGGAGAUUGAAGGCCUUCGCAGGGUCAAGAGCGACAGUCUUGGGUGCAACGUGCUACAGAAGUAUGUCUGCCCCUGCUUCCUGCUCCCUGGAGAGGAUUCACUAGAACUGUCUGAACUCAAACGGAUCAAUCGGGAACUUCAGGUCGAAACUGAAAAUCUGGUCUACGGAGGCCGCUAUGAUGCCAGAGAGGACUUUGCUGUGGUUUUCCAGCCUUUUUUCCAAAACUCCAUCGUUCCUCUAACUACUGAUGGCAGGCCUGAUGCCACUUACUUCUCUGUGGACUGUUUCCACUUCAGUGAACGGGGACAUGCUGACAUGGCUGCUGCUCUGUGGAAUAACAUGUUGGAGCCAGUGGGUGAAAAACAGACAUACAACAACUUCACCAAUGCCCGAAAUAGCAUCAAGUGCCCCUCUGAGGAGCAUCCAUACAUUUUCACAAAGGUUAACAGUUUCCCCAGUUUGAGCACGACCUCAGCAGCACCCGCCACGACAAGCACCACCAACCGGCCUCUCGUCCCAGAUUGCUCGAGCAGCGUGCCAGGAUGGCUCGCUGCUGUGCUGGCACUUGUGGGACUUCUGAUUGGCUGGGCCGCCACCUGGAUCUUCUUUUCCUGCAGAGACAGGAGAGCCAAGAGGAUGACGGCAGCUGCCGUGGAGACGAGCGUCACAAGUUUUUAAAGUGGCUUUUGCUGUGUUGUUGCACUGGACAAUUCAAGGACGCAAUGACGAGCUACAAGAACAAAAACAUUUGCAAAAAUUCAAAAUGACUUUAGAAGGUACUUUAUCUAUAGUAGCGGUUUUUCAUAAUAACAGAUGAAAAAGUAGCUACAAGUGGAAAGCUAAUUACUGCCCUUGACUGGAAGAAAAGGGUAUUCUUUGCUUACAAAAGCAGAUGUUGGGGAAAAGAAAUGAAAAUACUGAAGGAGCUGAAAGUGUUGGAAAUGAUUGUGAGCAGUGUUGUAUUUUCCUUUAGAUUUAUAUAUCACUGUUGCCGUAAGGCUAAUUUAAAUGUUGUAACUAACUUAAAAAGAACCAGUCUAAACCAGCAAACAUAAUGACAUGUUUGCACAGAACAUUUGCAAGUGCGUCCACACUGGACGUUCAUAUAGCCAAUUUUAUUAAAAUUAACAUGCAUCUUGAAUUAAUUUGUGAUAAAUAUCUCUAUUUUUAGAUGGGCUAAAGCUUGAUCUAAACUAAAUGCACAUAUAAUUUUAAAACUAUGAGGAUAUUUUGUCAUUAAUGCGUUCAUUAUUUUUUUUAUUUGAAAUACGUAAUACUUAAACCCUCAGGUGUUCAGUAGGUGUCAGGAGGAUUCAGCUAAGGAAUCGUGUCACCAGUGGUGAGACAUUGGCUGUAUGUUGGGCCCUGGAUGUAUCUGUGCAUGCAGCAAGGUUAAGGCUGAUAGAAGACACCCUGGUGUCAAGAUGAAGAGCAGGAAAAACAUGCAGGGAAGGCUAAAGUUCUGCAGGAAAUGCACAAAUGUGAUAGCAAAGUUAAUCCCAUCGAGAACAAGUGUUUGGUCCUAAAAGAAACAGCAGGUAGACAGGCAGAAAAUUAAACUGGGAUCAAAUCAGUGUUCUCACAUAGUAACUGAAUGUCCAGCAGUCAAGAUUUGGUUUAGAUCAACAACAAUCAUACAAAAGGGAAUUUCAAAAGUUUUGAAGAAGAUUCCUCUACACUGUUAAUAAAUAUUUGAAAGAAUCUGAUGUAUAUUUUCCAAUAAAUUCCUUUGAA